AUGCCCCCAUCAUUUGCCGGCAUUGACCUGCUUCUUGGGCUCAAUUUUGCUACGACCAGUCGCAACAGGAUGGAAUCCCCCGACGUCCGAGGGAGUGCAGCACCUCUCACUUCGGACCCAGAAACACCCGCUUGCCAGUCAUGCCGGAGCCGUGUGGAGUGUUACUAUGACUAUACAAAGAAUAAACCCGGAGUCAAAGUUGGCAUCAUCCAGACACUGACUCAGCGAGUGGAGUCAUUAGAAGCUCAAUUGGAAGUACUACGCGCCCAGAAUCAGGCUCAUAGUGGUAUCCCAAGUCCUGCAAGCACAGUUCAGGAUGUGAACGCUCUUCGAAGCUUAGUGUCAUCAAUGAUGGAGGAGUGGCGAGAGAAUAACACUUCGCCAACUAGCGUUCCAGAUCAACGUCUUAAUUCCUCUCCUGACCGAGAUGUGCACGAGUCCAGCAUGCCGGCUUCAAAUACCGGGACUUCACGGAAAAGGCCAUGUCCAGAUUCCAGGAGCUCUGUGGAUUCUAUGUUUCAAGUGGACUUGCCCCCGGAUAGCUUGAUCAAUGGCAUCCUGGAUGCAUACUUCUCGGUCGUUCAUCCGUUUAUCCCAAUUUUGCAUGAACCACUUUUCCGAUCUCGUCUUCGCGACCCUGCUGAAAGGCCAAGGCUCAUGCCCAUCCUUCAUGCAAUGGUGGUAUCUGCCUUACGGUACGUUGCAAACGAAAGGCUUGCUGCAGAGUGGAGUACAUCCCACCCAGGCGCACUCCAGAAGUCCAGAGACUUUGUAGUUCUCUCAAGUAUAGAUAGCCUGUCGGUAGAGGGCGCACAGUCCCUGAUUAUUAUUGCCUUUGUGCAUAUAUGCGAUGGUAGCGCAAGCAAAGCGUGGCCAAUUGUUGGAGCUCUGGCCAGAGGUGUUGUAUAUAUGGGACUUCACUGCGAGUCAGAUGAGGAUCAGCAAGGCGAUCCUUGCGUCCAAUCAUUCCGAUAUCUGCCACCAGCCCGGGUGUGGACAGAAAUGGAGGAGCGACGUCGAGUAUUCUGGAACGUCUUUCUUUUGGACCGAUUCUGUUCUUUUACCACUGGAUGGAAUAUGAGCCUGUCCAGUGACGAUGUGAAACUCCGUCUUCCCAGUGAUGGCACGUACUGGGCCAAAGAGGAGCCAGUCACUACACCAUUUUUUAACAUAUGGGAUACAUCCCUAGCGAAAAUUGGAAAAUCAGUCUCUUUUCUGCCCGGCCAUUUUUCUUCGAUCGCUGAUAAGGAGAAAGAUGCUGAUAUUACUCCCUCAAGAUCCGAACGUGUGUCCCCUGUCGUGCAGACGUCUGGAGCCCGGUCAGUCGACCUGUCAACAAUAGGCUCCUUUGCAUAUUGCAUCGAGGCGACUGAAUCACUCAAUCGUAUUGUGAAGUAUUUUCUCCAACGACCAGUCAACUUCCAGAGCAAGCAAGAGUUCGGUGCUUGGCUGACCCGCUUCAAGGAGUUGGAUCUCCAGCUUAUCCACUGGAAGAUGUUCCUCCCUCGACGGUGGAAAGACUCUAACAUCUCCAAGGAGCCUGCUUUCGUGCAUAUGGAUCCCAAUCUGACACUGGCUCACAUCACCCACAACACCUCAAUGAUUCUUUUACAUCAGUGCAUUGCCUAUCCACGGGCUAAUCUCGUGGAUAAGCUAAAACAAGCAAGUAUCUCGAGUGCCGAAACGUGCCAGCUCGCUGCGUCGGAAACAGCCAAUAUUGUUCAGAAGUAUCUACAAUAUACACCCUUUGUAGGGCUUGUCAAUGCCCAGUUCGUGUUUUGUGCUUUCGUCAGCGCCCGUGUCAUGCUCGUACAUUCACACCUCCACCGCACCGAGCUUCCGGAUGGAUACAGCGUUCUUCUAUGGAGUCUGCAGCAAAUGUCAGCCCGAUGGGUGUCAUCGAACCCCAGCUUAAGAUUGACACCGCAAACUGAUAACCUUGCCAGUGGCCUGCUUUCUCAGCUUCAAAAGCUGCAGGAGCGGUGCAAGUACGUUGAACCUUUUGAACUGGACGCCUUGGGCUAUGCCAUCGAAGUCAGCUUUGCCCUUGGAAUACGUAGCCCACCGGCCAGCAUAGGGGAGAGCCAGUGGGUCAAGGAGCGACGUGCCCAACAGCGCCAUAGCAUCAUACCGGUGAAUGGCCAGCGGUCCCACUAUAUGAAUGGCAGUCCUUCUGCGCAGAGACCCGAUCACUGUAGUGUUCAUGACCCCGCAUCGCAAUCUACCGGAGCACCAUCAGCGAACACGACACCCUCUGGGCCCCAGGUGGUGUCAGGCGCGACAAUGAGAGAUAUGGGCCAGUGGAAUGGGUAUCAGACCUCAAAUCAGCAGGGUAUAAGUACGGCGCGUGCUCGGAAUGUAUAUACCCCCCAGACGGGCCCACACGCCUCAAUGGAUGGUAUAUUCCCUUCAGCUGGUGCAGCCUCACCACUUGAUGGCUCAGAUAGCUUUGCAGCGUUGUCAAACUUCCUUCUGGACCCUCAAUAUCUGGAUAUGGAUCGAAUCAUCAGCUUUCAGGACUCGUUCACUCAUUAG